GGAGUGGCAGAAUCCAAAAGAAUAUCGAUAUCUUGAAGAUCGUGAUAAUGUCCUUCAACUGAAAAUUGCUGUUACGCUAUGCCCUCGGAACUAUAUCGGUGGGUGUCUCUUUUAGAACAAACGUGGAGGAAUGUCUCAUCAUGACACGGCACAGCAUCACCAAAGUGGCAGCUGCAAAGUUGAUACUGCCAGCGCAAAAUAUUGAUGGGGCAAACGUCACAAAAAGACGAAUAAAAAAGUGUUGAGAAGGACCGAGGGGAUCGGCAAGUGUGAAGAGUAAGUAAGUCUUGGUAUCAGAGUCCGGUGAGGCUGAUGGAAUCUUUGGAGACAUAAUUCCCCAUAUCCACAUCAAAGUGCAAGAGAUCUUUAACAUCCCUCUCCAUCCAAAAUCUGGGACAGUUCGACGGCAGAAUUGGUAUUCGAUAUGGCUUUCACCCAAUUAACACCUGUGAAGGAGUUCUACCAAGAACCUACCCUUCACCAGAUUCCUUCCCAGUCUCACUUUGUCGGUCUCAGAGGAUUUCUUGUUAUUCAAUCUUUUCUAUGGACAUUUCUGAAUACCCUCGUUCCCACAGCUGUCACCGGUACUCCCAAUUCCGAUGGCCCUGUAUAUCAGGAGAUGCUCCGAAAGGUAGUCUCUGUCCUCUUCUGGAAUGAAUCUCUGAUCUAUUCAGCAUUCAUUCUCAUCUCUGCGCGCACAAUCUGCACACCAUUCCUUAACAAACCCUCGCACGAUUUCGUCGCAUCGUCAUCUUUCCGCCGAGGCUUACGUCUUUGGUUUCCUUCUGCAUUUUCCCUCGCGAUCAUAUACAUCGUCUUCACCUGUAUUGGAACAUCAUAUAUCGAUGAAUUCAAAACCGCAACCAACAAUACCACCAUCGAUACUCCCUACAUGAUCCCGAAUGCUCUCGCAUACUUUAACUCGGUCUUCAUUCUCUUCUGGACGAAUAAGAAAUUCGACUUACAAGCAGCGAAUUAUGCAUUUCCCUCGCAGACUCUUUGGGUUAUCUCCGUUCUUUUCCAACAAAGCUAUACUGUCUACAUGACGAUGGUCAUUAUUCCGUAUGUGCGGAAAUCAUGGAGAGUCAAGGCUUUCAUUGGAUUUAUCGCCACGGCAUGGUGGGUUGAUAGUUGGGCUUGGUAUUCAAUCACUGGUCUUUUGUUGGCUGAUAUGAGUAUCAAUAUGAAUUUCCAAAUGCGUGCCCGUGCUGGAAUCCCGCUGGGUACUUGGAGGGGCAGAAAGUGGAGAAUGCCUGUUUGGCCAUUGUAUACCAUCCUUACCUUAGCAGGUUUAAUCAUGAUGUAUAUUUGGGCCGCAUGGAGACCUCAAGAUGUUUAUAAGGAGGUUAGGAUCCAUACUGGAGAGUAUUCGACUGGUGGGUUGAAUGAUGUGGUAAUGGAACCCGGCACUCCGAUGGCCAGAGAUGACAAUUAUCUAUUCUUACUUGGCACUUUCCUGUUCUUGGAGACCUGGAGUUUGCCACAAGCAUUGUUCCGUAAUCCUCUCCUAAUGUAUUUGGGUAGAAGAUCCCUCAGUUGGUUCCUUAUCCAAAGCAUCAUCAUUUAUUCAGUAGGCAUUAAACUCUUCACCCAUCUCACAGAAACAAGAAACGUAUCAUUCGAAGGAGCAACCACAGCUUGUUUCUUUGUAUGCUUGUUGACGGUCAUUCCAAGCGCGGAAAUAUUCUAUCGAUUGAUAGAUUUCCCUUCCCAAGCAUUUGCCAGAGUUACAUUUGACUGGAUUAGAAAGUAAAUGAAAUAGUUGGUUUCUCAUUUAUAUUUUUUGUAGAUAGAGAAAACCUAGUUAUAUAUUAUGUAUCAUGUACCAUGUACAGUAUGAAUGGGUUAUAUUCCUCAGAUCAUUGUGUGGAAAUUGUUACAAAAUGUUUUGUAUAUUGUGAGAGGUGGCUAUAAUUCCAGUACUUAAUUCCACA